AUGUCCAAUCCACAAGUCAAGAAGAGACCAAUAUCAUUUUCGAAUAUCCUGUUAGGUGCCAGUCUUAACAUGGCGGAGGUCACAUCGCUUGGCCAACCAUUGGAAGUCGUUAAGACCACAAUGGCUGCUAACAGGGAACUUGGUUUCAUAACUGCGGUAAAGCAUGUAUGGUCAAGAGGUGGUAUCUUUGGUUUUUAUCAGGGACUAAUUCCAUGGGCAUGGAUUGAAGCAUCUACAAAAGGUGCUGUUUUGCUGUUUGUUUCUACUGAAGCGGAAUAUAGGUUCAAGACAGCAGGCCUUGGCAAUUUUUCAGCAGGUAUACUUGGUGGUAUUAGUGGUGGUGUUGUUCAAUCAUAUCUGACCAUGGGGUUCUGCACCUGUAUGAAGACUGUGGAAAUUACUAGACUGAAAUCUGUCCAAGCGGGAGGUAUUCCAGAAUCAUCAUGGUCUGUUUUCAGAAACAUUUACUCUAAAGAAGGUUUAAAAGGUAUCUACAAGGGUGUAAAUGCUGUUGCUAUAAGGCAAAUGACCAAUUGGGGUUCUCGUUUUGGUUUAUCAAGAUUAGUUGAGGACGGAAUAAGAAAAGUUAGGGGCAAGACGGGAUCAAAUGAUAGAUUAAAUUCGAUAGAAAAGAUCGCCGCUUCAGCCUUAGGUGGUGGUUUAAGUGCAUGGAACCAACCCAUUGAGGUUAUUAGAGUUGAAAUGCAGUCUAAGAAGGUAGAUCCAAAUAGACCACAAAAUUUAACUGUCUGGAAAACUUUCAGAUAUAUCGUCAAAACAAACGGUUACAAAGGUCUAUAUCGUGGAAUUACCCCCAGAGUUGGGUUGGGUGUCUGGCAAACCAUUUGCAUGGUGGGAUUCGGUGAUAUGGCGAAGGAAUUCGUGGCAAAACUAACUGGUGAUGUUCCUGUAGUGAAACAUUGA